AUGUGUCCUUCAAUUUACCGACAUAUAACUACUCCAAUUUUCUAUCCUAAUGCAUCUCCACAUUUAGGUCACUUAUAUUCUUCAUUAUUGGCCGAUGUUCAACAUAGAUGGAACCAACUACAACUAUAUAACAGUAAAUUCACAACAGGUACAGACGAACAUGGUUUGAAGAUACAGCAAGCAGCCAUCAGGAAUGGAUAUGCUGAUCCUUUGAAAUUCGUAGAUACAUUAACACCAAAAUUUAAAAGUUUAGAUGCUCAAUACGAUAUCAAUUAUACGAAUUUUAUCAGGACCACAGAUAUCAAACAUAUUAAAAAUGUUAAAAAAUUGUGGGAGAAAUGUUUCCAAAACGGCCACAUCUAUAAAGAUAUUCAUCAAGGUUGGUAUUCUGUCUCAGAUGAGACUUUUUAUCCUGAAUCCAAAAUUAUCAAGCUGGAGAAUGAUGAUAAGGAGGUUAAAUAUGUUAACACCGAGACAAAUAAUGAAGUAACGUAUCAUAAGGAGACAAACUAUUUCUUUAAAUUAUCUGAUUUUCAAAAUCAGUUGAUUGACUUACAUUCAAGAAAGGGUCUCAAUGCGUGGAUUUUCCCUGAAUCAAAAAGACUGUCUUUAUUGAAUGAGUUGAAAUCCACAAACUUAUCAGAUUUAUCUAUCUCUAGACCAUCAGAAAGGUUGUCUUGGGCUAUCUCAGUGCCGAAUGAUUCUACACAGAGUAUCUAUGUUUGGUUUGAUGCAUUAACCAACUAUAUUUCCUCUUUAGGACCACUGGAGAAUCUAUAUAACAGUGACAAUAACAACAAUACUAUGCUAAAAUAUUGGUCCCAAACUACACACAUUAUUGGCAAAGAUAUUAUGAAAUUCCAUUGUUGGUAUUGGCCAAGCUUUCUUCUUUCUGCUGGACUACCAUUACCAAAACGAGUUAUCAUUCAUGAUCAUUGGCUCUCACAAGGUGUCAAAAUGUCCAAAUCUUUAGGUAACGUCAUUGACCCAAUGGAAUUACCAUUACAAUAUGGUAAAGAUAUCAUUCGUUGGUCAAUCUUGGAAAAUUCACAAUUAAAUCAUGAUAAUAAUUUUAAAAAUGAAGAUCUAUCAAAGUGUAGAAACAUAUUUAUCUCUAAAUGGGGUAACCUAAUUAAUAGAUGUUGUAAUGCAAAAUCGAAAUUUGAUCUAUCAAGAGCAGUCAAUAAAACGUAUGGCAAUAUUUCAAGUAAAGAUGAUUUUCUUAAUAUAUGGCAAGAACAAUCCUUAUCUCUUGUUGAAAAUGAACAAGUGGAUUCUAUUUUCAAUCAAUUAGAAUCAUUCCAACAAACCUACUCCGUAAAGAUGGAAACAUUCCAAUACAAUCAUAUUAUAAAGGAUAUUUGGAAACUUAUUGAUCAACUUAAUUUAUUUAUUCAAACUACAAAACCAUGGAACAAGACAAAUACAAAUCAAAGAAGACAAGAUGCAAUAAUAUUUUUAACUAUGGAUAUUUCUAGGAUCUUAUCAAUUUUAACACAACCAAUAAUACCACAAUUAUCAAAUAAAUUUUUAGACAGGAUUGAUGUUUGUCCAGAAAGAAGGUCUUUUAGGGAUGCGAAAUUUGGUACUGAUCAUACAUAUGGCGCUAAUGCUAAUGAUCCAUCUAAGAAUGUACCAAUUGAAAGGAAAGUAGCAUCAUACGAGUAUUAA